GUUUACUGAGACUCACUUAAUCAUGGUCUCUGCACACAAGAACAACGAUGCAACAUUGUUUUGUAGCUUCAGGGACAUCAUUGCAUGAAAGUUAAACUUCUUCUUACGUUCCAAUGUAGCCUUUCAUCUUCAACCAUCGUCUUGUUUUAUGAUCUCAGCUCAAAUUUGUUUAAACCAGUAAAAUGGCUUGUCGUAAAUCGAAAACCAUCGAAGAAAUCGACGAUGUGUCGGAUAUGUUUCAAGCGAUGGCGGCGCUUGGAAUUUCGUGCAGAGGAUUACAAACAUUGGAUGAGAUGAAAUCACGACUGAAAGCGGAAUUAAAUCAGUCCGUACAAAAGCCUUGCUGGACUGCUGGUCAGGCCUUUUCCAUUUUGUCAGAAGCAAGAGAUGAAGAUGCCUGGAAAAGACAAGCUUUACUUAAGGCUUACUCCGAUACCGAGGAGUGUCUGAAAAAAAUGGAUGACAAAAUUCUCGCUUUGCUGCAGAAGAACGUGGUCAACUUAAAAGAGAAGAUAGAAAAUCACCAAGCACAACUAAAACGAAAAGAAUAUCUCCUUCUGGUGGCAGGUGAGACAGGCUCUGGAAAAAGCAGCUUGGUCAACCUUAUUCUAGGAGAAGAACUUCUUCCAUAUUCCCUUCUCAGCACAACGUCCACCAUAUGCGAAUUGAGAUAUGGAGAGCAACCCAGAAUCGUGGCCCACUUUAAAAACGAGAAUCCUGAAACCGGGCCUUCAAUUAAGGAGGUCCCUCUAAAGGCGGCAUCCUCUGAACAAAGUUAUCUUCAGCAGAUCUCUCCCUAUGUUCACGUGAAGGGUGAGCGAGAAAAAGGUUCAAUUUACAAAAAAGUUGAACUCUUUUGGCCCCACGAACUUUUGAAGAAAGGCGUGGUUAUAAUUGAUAGUCCGGGUAUUGGCGAGUCUGAAAUCAUGGACGAAGUAGUCACACACUAUUUACCAGAAGCCUUUGCCUUCAUUUACGUCAUAAACAGUGCAAACGCGGGAGGAGUUCAGAAAGACAGACUUGCAAAAUUGCUGGAAGAAGUAAGGAAGGUGACUCUUGAAGGACAGAAAGACUCUGUCUCAUCCCGGUGUGCUUUGUUCGUGUGCAACAAAUGGGACCAAGUUCCAGAGAAAGAAGUAAAAGAGGUCCAGAAUCACGUGAUCAAGAAGCUGACGAAGUGUUGGCCUGGUCUUGAUCCCAAGUCACAGAUCAUCUAUAUGUCAACUCAAAACGCCAGUGUUGCUCAGAGCCUUGGAAUUAUCAAUGAAGAAUUUUUUUCCCUGAUGAGUGGCAUGAGGUCGAUGGUUUUGAAAAGCAUCGAAGCCCGGCUGGAAAUGCACUGGAGAUGGCUGGAUUACUUGCUCUCACGAAUAAUUUAUCAAGCAAAAGCUUUUGUGAUGAAUGCUUGCAGAGACCACGACAAAGUCGCUGACAAAAUGGGUUUGAUUAUCGGUCGUUUGCUUCAGAUUGAAGAAAGGCAAACCGAAGUGAUGGAAGAGCUUCAUAGAUAUUUGAAGAUUCGUGUCAGUGGUGCUGAGCAGAAGCUCAGUGAGUAUCUUAAGUCAAGUGUUGUCAGAGCUCGCUUCACCACGUGGACCCUAGACGAAGUUCCAAAGGCAGAGGGCUCCUGGGAAGUGACUUACCGCAGGAUCACGAAAGCGCUAGAAAAUCGGCUGCGAGAAAUCAUCGAGCAUUGGGAAGAAGAUAACCAAGUAUUUUCAGAUGCUCGCGAGUCUCUUAUUCAUCACUUUCAGCAGCGAUACAAUUUUGUGGAAGGGCAGCUGCGGAAUCUCCAGGGUGCUGUCACCAAUGACGACCUGGAUGUUCCAGAACGUGCUCCACCUGAUGAAGGCUAUAAAUUAACUACAGCAGAAAAGGUUGUAAUCGGCGUCGCUAUGAGUCCAAUAUGGGUUCCAGUUACCCUAGUUGCGCUGGUAAUUGGUGUGCCUGUGGUCGGCAUAAUGGUAAUAAAAAGCAAGGUGGAAGAUAGAAAUAUGAUCAGGAAAUACGAAGGAGACAAGUGUGCUUUUAUGGCUGAAGCAUCUGCAGCCUUUCUCGAUAAAGUUACAAACGGAAGCGUGCUCGAGUUGUUCGUGAAGGACCAAGUGGAAGAGGCUGAGCUGUGUCUGAAGCAAAUUGAAGCCCGUAUUCCCGAGUUGAUCGAGGCUGACAAGAUGUUAUGCAGACAACUCGGUGAUGAAAGCCGUUCACAGAAAGAGAUAAAAGAGGUGUACCAACCAAUCAUGGAUGAAGCUUCUGAUAUCAGAGGACAUCUGGCGGUAUUUGCCUUGCAAGAAAUCCGUGCCAUUGACAUAUGCAACGAGGAAUUAGACUGGAAAGAAGAAAUGUCCUGCUGUCUUGGAAGCGGUGCAUUUGCCAUUGUUUACCAAGGGAAUAUGGGAUGGAAAGGAAAGCAGCAACCUGUAGCAUUAAAGGUGUGCAGCAAAGUGCUUGAUGUCACAAAUGCAACCCUUAUUAUGGCGGAGGUAGAUCUUCUGAGAAAAUUGGAGCAUCCUCACAUUGUAAAGUUUUAUGGCACAUCCCUUCUCAAGAAGGAGCGCACCACAAGAGUGAUCCUGGUAAUGGAAAAGUGCAAAGGAAGCUUGAGGAGUCAGAUCUUCGAUCAGCCAGAAGCAGCUCCAGCAAAAUCCAGAAACCCUGCUGUCCUUAGAGAAGUGUGUCGAUGGGCGAGACAGAUCACCAGUGCUCUUACGUUCAUUCACGAACAGGGGGUUGUCCACAGAGACCUCAAGCUAGCGAACAUAUUGGUAUGAGGCUGAAGUAUUUUUGCUGAGCCAGUUUAAAAAUACUGACUAAAUAUUGCUUAAAAUGUAUUCUGAUUUUCUUUAAAUUGAAUGAAACAUCAGGAAAUCUGUUUCCGAGUUUGAAAGGGUAAAAAUGCUUUGAAACCUAAGUAAAAUUCGAUAAUGAAUCAAAUUCUUUCUAGUUUUGAGAACAGAGUUGUACAUACACAAGUACUCUUAGACACUUAAUUUCUCUUAGCAGAACAAUGCAGUGGGCAGUGGGAAAUACCAAAUGGGAAACUGAAAAUGGGAAAUUGUGGCCAGCUAUUAACGAAAUCCCCAUUCUCUAUUUCUGUUGUAGAUACCCAUGAACAUUUGACUAUAUUUGAAAAAAUUGCGAGGCUUCAAACGU